AUCACAUUAAAGUUAUUGAAAUUAUGUUAAAAUCAGGAUGUAACAGUACCGCGUUAUGUAAAAAGGACAAGUCUGCAUUAGAUAUUACAAGGGAUUACAGUUUCACGGAUGUGAUGGCUAUCUUACUUGGAAGUUUCCGUAUUCCACAAAGGAUGUAGUAAUGGCCAUUAUCCGUAUCAAACAAUAACUUCCUAGGCGUUUAAUGAUCAAAUCAGCGACCGAAUUACUGCUGUUUAAACAUAUCCCCGGACAUCAGAGCGUUUAAAAAAUUCAGAAAAAGGAAGUUAAUAGACAAUAGUGUCUUCUUUUUCAUAUCAGUUGACGAAAAAUCGAGACAUACAGAAUAUAAUGAAAAGAAUCUACCACAUAAGUUGCUUUAUUGUGAUCCUCCAGGCUGCCCUAGCUGAAGAUAACGCAAGAGAAGGGGCACCGGUCAGUCCUGGGAAUACAGAUGUUUGUCCAUACUGGGACUUCACUUAUCCGUACACGAGUGGAGUAGACUCUGAAUGUUGGUUUUCUGUGUCAGAAUCAACCCAGAAAAGGUUCCUUCACGAAGUUGCUCAGAACUCAUACAGUCUUGUAAAUUUUGUGCUCCGCUUUGAGAAUGUUUCCAGCAAACAAAUCAAUGAAACAAGAUGCGUUAUACAAGGCAACAAAUGGACCUGGACAUUUCCUGGACCUAAAGGGUCCAGACAAUACUUAAACUGGCCGUUAGGUUACCGGGUCUGGUCUCUAGGUCUGUUAGAUGUUAACACCUUGGAACAUUUCUCUGUUCCGUUAAGCGUUCAUGGAAAUUGUCAAAUCCAAUAUGGUGCUAACGAGACAACACAACGGAUUUCCUUAGCUCUAGCCAAUCUUACAGAUUAUCUUGUAUCUUAUACUAAAGAUGGCGAUGUUAACGGGAUGGCGGAGUAUUAUAAUCAGAGCUACUGGUGUUACAGGGAACGCAUAUUCAUCAAGAGUCAUGCACUUUAUUUGCUCUGUCUCAAUGUCAUUUGUCCUGUGGAAGCAAUGGGCUAUCGAUGUUGUCGCUGGAAGUGGAAUUUCUUGGCGAAAACACGAAUCUUGGAGUGUUCUGGAACUUACCUGAAAUACAGAAAAAUUGGCUGGAAGUUACCGUUUGUGCUAGGUCUGGUAUUAUACAUGUAUUUUCCCCUUAUUCUCGUGUGGUUUCUGAAAUAUGUCCAUGAAAUCACAUUUAGAGGUAGUUCAAGCUAUCAUGUAUUCCGGAACUUUUCAAUCAGCGACAUGGAAGGUCAUAUUCAAGUGGCUGAAAAUAAGGAAAGUUGGAUUUUUUACAAUCCUGUACAUAUUGGAACCAUUAUAACAGAUGCUUUUAACUGUUGCUGUGUAAAAUGCCCUAUUUGGACUUCAAGAAUUGUUAGAAUUACUUUCUUUUUCGUAAGCAUAUCAAUCAUCGCUCUGAAGGUACUAUUACAUGGACUAAUGCAAUACAACGACAUAGUUGCAAGUGUAAAAAAAGGUGUACCCAAAGAUUUCCAGUCCAUGUUGGCGGGAUACGAGCUGAGCAGUAAAAAUUUCCUUCGAGUGUUCGGGGGACCUUUCGUAGCGUGUCUGUUAUACGCCGUGUGUUUCAUAUUAAGUACAUGUGUUCCCUCCGACCUGGCAACAUUUCUUGCAAAAGGACUGGUUGAGAACAAAAAUGAAGUCGAAUCCCCUCUAAAAAUUAAUGCAUUUGUUCGAGUGAAAUUUGGAGCCAUGAAAACAACGGCACCCGUAAAUGGGUACGAAAAAAUAUUCCGUGUCUUCCUAUCUCAGUUCUUUAUGGUUCUGAACCCAUCUUUCUGGAAAUUUGCAGUAAUCACACAGAUUAGGCGCUGGAAUAAGUACAGUCUUAACGCAUGGAGGAAAUCCGCAUUUAUUGGAAGAAUAUUUCUUUUCAUAGCACCUCUGUAUGUUUUGUUUUCUGUCUUGGAACUAGCGUUGUGCCUUUUGCUUCAUGGAAUCCCAUUGAUUAGUUUCAUUAUGACGAUAGCACGUGCAUACGUCAUUGAACCUUGGCGGGAUCUAGAUAUAAGUGUCCCUUUAAAAGUCAUAUGCCGUCUCUUUGCGUUUUGCUUUGUGGCAUUCAGCAAUUACAUGUUCAGUAUAAUUUUUGUCGAUAGCUUCGUCUUUAUUUGUGGAGUGUUUGUGUAUACAUACACUGGGUUAUUUGCGCACCCAGAGGUAACUUAUGGAUACCUUAUAUUUUCUUUUACGGUCCUUAUAUAUAUGUUUGACAGCUUUAAUGACAUUUCUAAGUAUUACGACAAUAUAUUCAUGCAUACUAGAAAAAUAUGCAAGAAAAUACACAAGUAUGGUCAAUAUCCAGAUACAGCUUUGUUCAAAAGGGAGGAAGAAUGCAAAGGCAUCCCAAAGGACCUUUUCUUUUUAAUUGUGAAGAAGUACAGGCCCAUCAGACAACAGGUUUUUAUCUCUCUCUUAAAAUUAAGCGUGAUUGUCCUUGUUUUAUAUAUUUCUGUUGAUCUCUUGUUAGAAUUCUCCGCCUCUAAGAACUUAAGUUUACUUACACAGGCUGCAGCCACUAUUAUUGUGUGUCUUGUACCAAAGGUUUUAGGAGACUCAUGCUAUAUGUUUAAGAAACGAAGGCAUCACAGUCAGUCGCGGGAAAUUAAGAGGAUCAUACACGAGUUUUGUCUUCAUUCCACAGACGGAGGCACCCAAGGAGGCCCAUCAAAUUUAGAAGUUUUGUAGACAGUGUUAGAUUUUUUUUCAAGAGCAUUUGUCCAAACAAUCGAAUACACUUUAAGUAAAACUGUAUUAUGAAAUUAUUCUUGUUUAGGUGAAGUCGUGAAAUUACAAAAUCAAUAGUUUAGAAAUUUUAGAAAUGUUAUUAACUCUCUUAUAGCAACUACAAUAUUAAGCCCACUUCUUGUAGUCUUUUGUACGUGUUUUUUUAAAACCAUUCAAUGUAUAUGUUCUGAUAAAUUACAUACUGAUUUACUGACUGUAUAAGGGCGAUAGAAAAUGUGGGAUGCAUUGUCAACAGAACUGGUUAUAAUGAUAGCUUUCACCAUAGGACGCUGGAGCGAGAUUACAAUUUUUACAUUCAUGCAUCUUGAGUUGUAACCCUCGCGUUUGCGUUUUACUACACUUCCGUUCUCGUUCUUUUGCUCGUCCCACGGGUGAUAGUGGCCUUAUUAGUACAGUAUUUUAAAGGACAAGAUAGGCUAAGACGCCAUUUUGUCCCCUGGUUUGAGGUGUCUUUUAGAAUUACUAAUUACUUAAUUACAAUUAAAAACCUGUUGUUACCCAUGCCACAAAAUGAGUAUUGUUUCUAAGUUAUGGGAUACACAGAGGUCACAGGAAGAUCAGAAAAAAUGCCCGUUUCCUAAUUU